UCCAUCUUUUGCUCUUCGGAGGGGAAAAAAGAAAAAAUAAAAAGGAAAAAAUUACCAAAAAUAACAAAAAAUUUUUUUGAAUAAAUACUUACAAAAAUAUUAAAAUUCACAUUCCAUUUAUAUCAAAACAUAUCCAAACCCUAGUUUUUCUCUGUAAUCAUCUCGGUGUUUAGAGCAGUUGUUUUUGGUUUAGUUUGAGUAUCAAUCUUCUAGUUUCAAUUUUUCUUCUUGCUGCAGUUUGUUUUAAUUGAGUGACAGAGCGAGAGAUGGCGACAGCGGGAGUUACGGCAGCAGGGACGACAGCGGUGACGGCACCGGCGUUCGGGAAUGUGUCGCUGUACGUAGGGGAUCUGGAGGAGAAUGUGAACGAGGGCCAACUGUAUGAUCUGUUUAACCAGGUGCCUCAGUUGGUUUCUGUUAAGGUUUGUCGAGAUCAAAACAAGAGAACUUCUCUCGGUUACGCUUAUGUCAAUUACGCCAAUCCACAAGACGCUGCCAAUGCCAAGGAUACUCUGAACUUCACUCCUAUCAAUGGGAAACCUAUAAGGAUUAUGUAUUCUCAUCGAGAUCCCAGCAUCCGCAAAAGUGGAUAUGCCAAUAUUUUCAUUAAGAACCUGGAUGUAUCCAUUGAUAACAAGGCAUUGCAAGACACUUUUGCUGCCUUUGGGAAUGUACUUUCUUGCAAAGUCGCUGUCGACAGCACUGGUCAGUCAAAGGGAUAUGGAUUUGUGCAGUAUGAAAAUGAGGAAGCUGCGAAAAAUGCGAUUCAACUGUUGAAUGGCAUGUUGUUAAAUGAUAAAAAAGUUUAUGUUGGUCUUUUUGUUCGACGCCAAGAGAGGGAACAGAAAAGUGUUCCACCUAAGUUCACUAAUGUUUAUGUUAACAAUUUGUCUGAAAUGACAACUGAUGAGGACCUUAAGAAAGUUUUUGGCCAUUAUGGUACCAUCACUAGUGCACUAGUUAUGAAGGACUCAAACGGAAAGUCUAGAUGUUUUGGUUUUGUAAAUUUCCAGACUGCAGAUUCCGCUGCUGCUGCAGUGGAGAAGUUGAAUGGGACUGCUGAUGGUGACAAGGUUUGGUAUGUGGGCAGAGCUCAAAAGAGAUCUGAGAGGGAGGCAGAGUUGAAAGCUAAAUUUGAACAGGAAAGAAUCAGUAGAUACGAAAAAUUGAGAGCUGCUAAUUUAUAUCUGAAAAAUCUGGAUGACAGCAUAAACGAUGAAAAACUUAAGGAAUUAUUUUCUGAAUAUGGAACUAUAAGGUCGUGCAAGGUCCUGCUUGAUUUGAAUGGGAAGAGCAAAGGCUCUGGUUUUGUUGCCUUUUCUUCACCUGAGGAAGCCACAAGAGCUUUGAAUGAGAUGCAUGGGAAGAUGAUUGGGCGGAAACCUCUCUAUGUGGCUGUGGCCCAACGCAAAGAUGAAAGAAAGGCUUGGAUGCAGGCACAUUUUGCUCAAAUCCAAGCACCGGGUGCAGUGUCACCUCUGCCUUCAGGAAUUCCUGGUUAUCAUCCUGGGGCACCUAGGCUUGGUCCUCAGCCGCUAUACUAUGGUCAGGGUACUCCUGGUUUAAUGCCCCAGCCUGCAGGAUACAGUUUUCAGCAACAAAUUUAUGCUGGAAUGCGUCCUGGUGGACCAAAUUAUAUAAUGCCAUAUCAUCUUCCAAGGCAAGGACAGCCAGGGCAGCGAAUGGGGGGCAUGAGACGAAGUGGAAACCCCCAACAAAUGCAGCAGUCACAGGGACUUGGAUACCUGAACAAUGAAAGAAAUGGAAUCAACCCAUCUGUUUUUUCAAUGAUGCCUAUGUCCUUUGAUGCUUCCGGAAUGCCUAUGACUCCAUUAGAAACCCCGCGACCUGGGUCAGUACCAAUUUCAACACUUACAUCUGCUUUGGCGUCUGCGAGCCCAACCAACCGCAUGAGGAUGCUUGGUGAACAGCUUUAUCCCCUUGUGGAGAGUGUUGAGCCUGUUCAUGCAUCAAAGGUGACUGGAAUGUUGCUGGAGAUGGACCAAACAGAAGUGCUCCAUCUUAUUGAGUCUCCUGAAGCUCUGAAAACAAAGGUGGCUGAGGCAAUGGCUGUACUUCAGGAAGCUGCUGCAAGAUCUGACAUUAACGAUAAGCUUGGUUCAUUGGCACUGAAUGAAUGAAGUGCCCUCGUUCUUCUGGGUAAAUACAUUUACUGGUCCCUGGUUUCUAGCUCAUUUUUGAAGGGUGGAUGUACUAUCAUUGUUUAUGGGGUUUUCUCCUAGACUAAUUUCCUAGUUUUAUUAUUAUUUUUUUUAGUCGGUAACUUGUUGAAAUUCUUUUAGGCUUUUGAUUCAGUGUGGGGUAUACCAAAGGUAUCUAAGUUUUAGGAUUACUAUUGAUGUGUUUUUCUAUUUAUUUUUACAUUAUGUUUUCAUUUGAAUGACAUAGUAAUUAAAGAUUUUCCAAGCA